CACACUGAUGUUGGUCUCACAUUGAUGACGUUUAGCACACUUAGCCAAUGAGAACUUGACUACACUAUUCCCGGGUGUGAGUUCAUUCUGAUGCGACUUUGAGAAAGCGUUUGAAAAUGCUAUUCUAUUCCUUCUUCAAAUCCCUUGUGGGCAAGGACGUCGUGGUGGAGCUCAAGAAUGACCUGAGUAUAUGUGGCACACUUCACUCUGUGGACCAGUAUCUGAACAUCAAGCUGACAGACAUUAGCGUUACUGACCCAGAGAAAUAUCCACACAUGUUGUCAGUGAAGAACUGCUUCAUCCGCGGCUCGGUGGUGCGGUACGUCCAGCUGCCCGCAGACGAGGUGGACACCCAGCUGCUGCAGGAUGCUGCCCGCAAGGAGGCCAUGCAACAGAAACAGUGACGGAGACUGGACUGGGAUGUGUGUGUGUGUGUGUAUGUGUGUGGAUGCUUGUAUGGUUGUUUGUUUUCCCUUUUUCUUCCUGUUUUUUCUUUAAAUUAUGCUCUCUGUGUGAGACGCAUGGAUCGUAGAUGUUUAGAUCUGACAUGAUUGACAGAACGUUUCCCUCCAAAUUAAGUUCAGUUUGUUCUGUCAUAGGAAGUUAUAUGAUCAUCUUUGUGGUAAAUGUAUGGAAGUAGUAGAAGAAUGAUUGAGUUCAUUACACCAUGGUGAAAUUAUUAUGUUCUUUUUUUGACCCCCCCUCUGAGGAUUUUGUGAACAAUAUACUCCGUACUAAGGUGUGACAUUCAACAGGUAUUUUCUCAUUUAUUCAGGAUUCAUGUAAAUUGUUUGCUCAAGUCUUUGUAACUUGUAACUUCUUGUAACUGAACAUAUUUUGUUCAUUUAAUUAAAAUAUCAAUAAUUUUGUAAUAAAGUUUAGAUGCCAACACAUAAA